AUGACUGGUCCGUUCUCCGAUCCAUACCGGCCCAGCGACCUGCAAGCACAACUCGACAAUACCACCCCCCAGGUGAACUGGACUGCAGUCGCAGGCGCGCCAUCUCCAUUAACGCUAGAUAACCUCGACGAGCUUAAUGCGCUAGGCAAAGAGAGCGUCUAUCUCACGACAGCUGGAGGUAUUGCCCAAACUCCACAGCCAUCUUGGUGGGAUGGUAUCACGCCGGACAGCGAUGGACGCACAGGGAACGGGACCGGAUGUGCCAUCAUAGUCGUAGACCACGGGAACGGAGAAGUAGACGCCUUCUACUUUUACUUUUAUGCAUACAACAAAGGCGAUAUCGUCCUGGGCUUGGAAUUCGGCGACCAUAUUGGUGAUUUGGAACACAACAUGAUCCGCUUCGCAAACGGCACCCCACAAGCAAUGUGGUUCAGUCAGCACGCCAGCGGGCAGGCAUUCACCUACAAAGCGCUGGAGAAAAAAGGGCUCCGCCCAUACAGCUACUCGGCAAACGGGACGCACGCCAACUACGCAAUAGUCGGACAACACGACCACACCAUCCCCGGCUUCAAUCUCCCCGUCGGUCUCCUCCUCGACUACACGGAUAAAGGCAUUCUCUGGGACCCAACGCUAAAUGCCUACGCCUACACAUACGAUCCGACAACAGGGACGUUUGCCUCGGACAGCGCGACGAGGUACCCGGUGUCGUGGCUGAAUUUCAACGGUCGGUGGGGCGAUGCGCAGCCUGUGGGCGAGCCGUCGAUUUUCGGAGAAGCCAAGUACGUUGCUGGGCCGGAUGGGCCGAAGUUUAAGACGCUGGAUCGGAAGACGGUUUGUCCUUCGACGGCGUGUAUUGAGUUGCCGUUUCGCAUUUGGGCGGAGGGGGAGGGGCAGGUGGCGGACUCUAGCAUAUAG